UCCAUACAUAUGGCAACACAUACAGGUGAGAAACCCUACAAAUGUGACCAGUGUGACUUUGCUUCCGCACAGAAAACAAAUUUAGACCGGCACAUUCUUACACACACGGGGGAGAAACCCUACAUGUGUGGGGAGUGUGGAUUCAGGACAGCUGGCAGGCAAAGCCUAACCAUACAUAUGAGAAAACAUACAGGUGAGAAACCCUACAAAUGUGACAAGUGCGACUAUUCUGCUACACAGAAAACCCACUUAGACCGGCACAUAACUAUGCACACCGGAGACAAACCCUUCACGUGUGGGGAGUGUGGGUACAGGACAGCUUACAACGCUCGCCUAACUAUACACAUGAGACAACAUACAGGUGAGAAACCCUACAAAUGUGACCAGUGUGAUUAUUCUGCUGCGCACACAAACACUUUAGCCCGACACAUGGCUACCAUACACAAGGGCGACAAACCUUACAUGUGUUCCAUGUGUGGAUACAGGACGUCAGACAAGUCUGCACUAACUGUACAUUUCAGAAGACACACUGGUGAGAGACCCUUCAAGUGUAAUCAGUGUGACUACUCUGCUGCACAGAGAGCUGCUUUUGACCGACACAUGGCCAGACACACCGGAGAGAAACCCUACAUGUGUGGGGAGUGUGGGUACAGAACAAUUGCCAGAGAUAACCUAACUGUACAUAUGAGAACACAUACAGGUGAGAGACCGUACAAAUGUGACCGGUGUGACUUUUCUGGUAAACGGAAACGUGAUUUGGACCAACACAUGGCUUCUAAACACACUGGAGAGAAACCCUACUUGUGUGGCCGCGGAGAGUGUGGCUACAGGACUGCCAUCAGGUCUAACCUAGCUACCCAUAUUGCUAGAAAACAUGCAAGUGAGCACGAGAAACCCUACAAAUGUAAUGUGUGCAACUAUUCUGCUGCAUGGAAGUCUAUUUUAGACACACACAUGGUUAAACACACUGGAGUAAAACCCUACAUGUGUGAGAAGUGUGGAUACAGGACAACUACAAACUGUAACCUGUUAAAGCACAUGAGAUCAAAACAUGCAGAUGAGAAUCCAGUACAAGAUCAGCAGUGUGACUCUACAGUCUUCCCUGAUCAGAACCAACUCAUGGCUCCACACACUGAGAUGGUUCAGGACAAGGACUUACCUGUGUUCACAAUGUGAGAAAACAUGAAGGAAAAGGUGUGAAAUACCACAAAAAGGAUGGUAACUCAGUCUCACCUGGAUUGAUCUAGUGAUGAUGAUCGCAGUGAUGAUGAUCGCAGGUUCUUCGUGUCCGAAGAUUGUUUGUAGUUAGUACAUCAUUCAGCACUCACAGCAUUUUUAUGUGACGUCAUUGGGACUCCAACAGGGAGGCAGGGGCAGCUGUGUGUAUUUCUGUACACUUACAUCAAGUUAGGAGACCCAGGAAUGCCUGCUACCUGAAGCUAGUCUCUACUACCAGACUCCAAUAGGUUGCUGGAAGAAUAGUGGAAAAUUUGCCAAAUAGACUGACGUCAGAGGAGUUAGCCAGCCAUAGAAUUACUGUCUGGAACUAAACAGCUUGCAAGUUGCAAUUUUAUGGCUCAACUCCUCUGGAAUGUUAUUCAACCUAUUUAUAUAAUAUGUUACUACUGGUACUACUUUUUUUUACUACAGUCUGAUAAAGACUACUGUAUUAAGUGUUUUUAGACAUCUAGAGACCUUGUACCCUCUGAAAUACUGACUUUAUGAAUAAUAGGAAUAGUUUAAUAAUGUGAAUAGUUUAACAAAGAUGCCAGAAUAAUAUAUUAGAACAACUUGAUGCUAAACUAAAACCUAGGUUAGAGUGUAUAUUAUAUGCUUGAACAAACAAACUAAUCUUUAAGUAAGUCAUAUAUGCUUGAUCUACAAUCCAUUGUAAUAUAAAUCAAGCACACCAAUAUUGUAUCAUACAUGGCACUCAUGGCAUUUGGCAUCUUUUUGCUUCAUUGAAGUAGAAAAUGAGUAGCCUCUACCAGGCUUCGGGAAGCGGCUGGAAUGAGUAGAAAUCAGCCAAAUAG